CAGAUCAGUUAGAUACAGAGUUAGGGAUUUUGCUGAACCUAAGAUGGAAGACUCCCACAGUAAUGAAGUCAUCGAUAAUCCGAAGGAACCCAACUCUGAGAGAGGACGAGAGAGCUCUUCUUGCUCACAUGAAAUUUCUUUAAGUCCAUUGAAUGGUCAAUGAAGCUUGGGUCAGAACAGAGAACAAUCAUGAUUGCCUGGUCGAGGAAGCUUGGACUCGUUCGAGACUGCGAGCUCUUCCAUCAUUGUCAUAAUUGCCGGAAGUCCAAUGAGCGCUCGCUCGUCGUUCUCGAGACGAAGACAGCUUUUCUAUGUCGUACGAGAAAUCGAGACUUAAGCGCAUAAUUUACUUUGGAGAGAAACAAUCCAAACUAUUCGAGCGAUCGCAAGACGUGACCAGACGCCGACUCAGAGGUUGACUUGCAAUGAUUCUGAAACAGUGAAGUUCAAACCUUCUGAUCGCAGCUUUCUUCCGGAGACCCGAUAGGUAUCGAAGUUCUCGACUCCAUCAUCCGAGAUUGUCUCCCAGGACUCACCAGUUCCGCAAUUCCGCAUAUUCCGCGUUUUUAGUCGAGAUUAGAGGCACCUAAAGUUUCAGGGACAAUUCUGUUGUUUCCAACUCGAAAACAAGGCCCUCCUGUCACCUUCGCGUCGUUGUCUACGUUGUGGUGCAUAAGCUGGCGGUGGGCAUCGGGGGAAGGUCGACUGAAGGAGAUUGUGUACGGGAACCGAUCACCCGAUGGGUCCAAUCACACUGGACAUGAUCCGCAGACGAGCCGAGCACAACGAUGGAGUGCUCGAGACGCUCGAGGAGCUGGUUCUGCAGGAGGAAGGCAUUGACAAAAUCGAGACGCUUGGACGACUUUGCCCCAACCUCAAGAUUCUCUACAUGCCCAAUAAUCUAAUCCCCAGACUCGAAAAUCUGAAUCGACUCAAGGCACUGGAGUACUUGAAUCUAGCCAUCAACAAUAUCACGAAGUUAGAUGGACUCGAGGGAUGUGAAAUGCUCAACAAGCUGGACAUGACGCUGAACUUCGUCGACCAAGAAGGACUGAUCACAGCGACCAAACUUCGUGCAAACAUCCACCUGAAAGAACUAUACUUAUCUGGCAAUCCAUGCACGGACUAUCCGGGCUACCGAAAAUUCGUCAUUGCCGCUGUUCCAUCCCUUCAGCUCCUCGAUGCUCACAAAAUCAAGCCUUCGGAGAGAAUAGCAGCUCAGCAGGAGUUUCAUCUGCUGUGUGCAGAAGUUUUGGACUCUUGCACUGCGCAACCUGUUGCAAAUGUCAGCACAUCGGAGCAAGAACUACCACAACUAAACGAAAAGGGGGAAGUUGUCCGUGAUUAUACUGUGGCGAACAGAGUAAAAGAACACAAUGAGAUGCAGCAAAUCAGAGAAGAGCAAGAAAACAAAUCGAAGCCAAAAACAGAAGAGCGAAAAUCUAGGAGGCGAGCAGGCUUUGACCCAUUGCCCUGCGAAGGCCGCACAUAUCAAAAGAACGAAGGCAGCCUGGACUUCAAGCUCGUGGAGAGCGACUGUGGACGACAUGUCCUCUGUGAUGUAGCUGUCGGGCGCUAUCUGGACACAUCCUUGAUCGACGUUGACAUCCAACCAUCAUGGAUACGCAUUCUUGUGAAAGGAAAGCUCCUGCAGUUGCGACUUCCUUGCGAGGUGAAAUCAGAUGAGAGCAUUAUUCAGCGAUCAGCAACUACCGGGCGUUUGUUGGUGACCAUGCCGAAAGUCGUGUCCGAUCCUCGAUGGAAGGAUGUGUAUUCUGCUGCUUCGGCCUUACCUCAUAUCAGAUCCAAAACGAACAAAUUCGUUGAUACGACGAGAACGAGGCGUGAAAAUUGUGUAGAGCCAUCAGCAGCUGUCGACAUACACGACAUUGUGAUCGAUGCAACACCAACUGCCAAACAAGGCGACGCGGUGAUUACCCAACGCGAGCCGCAACGAGCCAAGAUGACCGAACAUGACGCCAAAGUGAUGGAAACGGAAAAGUCCGAAGAUCAGGAGCUCUCGUUUAACUGGGAGGACGACAUACCCGCGUUGGAGUGAAAUCGCUACAUUUUAAUUCUUCUCAACUUUGUGUACAUUAUUCGUUGCAAUCUUGCAUCAAAAAGGCCUAUAAAGCGCAGAGGGGCACAGUCCGGGCUGCCACAGAAAGUCCAAGUGGGGCAAAUCCAAUCACUAACAAAGGUGAUCCAUUCUGUAUACCUCGCGGAUUACGACAGUAACUGCAUACUUUCUCUCUUCAAUUCCACCGUCCCCC